AUGUUGAAAGCACUAGGAUUGGGGUACUACGGGAUUGUCAAUUUCCAUCUUAGAAUUCAUAAUGGAUGGAAAGGUUUAGAUGACGAUGAGGAUGUCUUGAUUUUGGAACUGGAUAAUAUGUUGAAAGCACUAGGAUUGGGGUACUGCGGGAUUGUCAAUUUCCAUCUUAGAAUUCAUAAUGGAUGGAAAGGUUUAGAUGACGAUGAGGAUGUCUUGAUUUUGGGUAGUUGGGUCAACAAGCACAAAAUGCUUGAUGUAUAUGUUGAACACACCCGAGGAGAUGUCCUUGAUCAGAGCCAAUCAAAGUCAAAUUGUAUUCCAACUGCACAACAAUUUGAUGGGGGAAAUAAUGUGGGUGGUAAUGUUGUGGCUUCUGAUAAUAAAUUAGACAGUGAUUCAUCACAGUAUGAGGAACACUCAGACAACUUGACUUCAGAUGAUGAGUACUUCUAUGACAGUGAGUAUGAUUUGGAUGGAGUACUGCUGCAUGAUACAAUGGUUUUAGAAAGAUAA